AUGUUCUAUACGCGUGGUCUAUUGCUGCUGGCAAUCCUUCCUUCUGUGGAAGUUAUGUGCUAUUCCGUUCAAUUCGGAGCUAUGCACCCCUUAGCAGUUCCUAUUUAUGAAAUCGAAGUAUUCUCCAAACAUUCUGGUGGAUAUGUAGAUGUGGAGUUCAAACAAAAGGCCAAUUUGUGUUUCCACAUUAACCUGAUUUUGAUCAUCGAUGAAAGUGAAAUGGAAUGGAAAGGACGAGCAUUCAUUCUCAGUGGCGGCAUUGGUUACAACUUUACCACCUUAAGAUUGGCAUACAACCAGCCAGAAGCAGCCAAAGCCACAGUGCUCAUCUACGGGAUUCCUAGGUAG